AUGGUGGCUCCGUUCUUCAGACAGGCAUGGACAGUGUCGGCUGUAUUAAUAAAUAUGAUUGGACAAGGCAUGAUGCUGAGCUACACGAGUACACUACUACCAGGGCUGCAGGCGCCUGAAUCCAAGAUGAAAGUAGAUUUACACACGGCUUCUUGGUUAGCGGCAUCAAGCGGGGUAGCUUGUAUUCCAGGAUUCUUCAUAUCAUCAUUUCUCAUGAAGGUUUAUGGAAGAAAAAUCGCUCACCUGGUCGUCAUACUUCCCGGCAUCAUCGGAUGGCUUACCAUAUACUUCGCUCAAAAUGUUACCACUCUCAUGAUAGGUAGAAUCUUUGGAGGGAUCUCAGCUGGAGCCACUGUUUCUUUAGGAGCAAUAGUCAUUGGAGAGUACUCUCACCCAAAAUAUAGAGGAAUGUUCUUGAAUUUGAAAACUGCUGCCGUGUGUUUUGGGGGUAUGUUGGUGCAUAUUUUCGGGCAUUUCCUAAGUUGGAGACUUGUUGCGUUGAUAGGCGUUUUACCUUAUACCAUUUCCUGUUUGAUUGUAUGCACAUGGCCAGAAUCUCCGGCAUGGCUGGCUUCCAAAGGAGAAUUUGAAAAAAGCGAGAAAUCUUUUUUUUGGUUAAGGGAGAACAGUAAAGAAUCUCAAGAAGAAAUUAAUGAACUUAUACGUGUUCAAAGAGAUAGGCUAUCGAAGCCUAUAGUCGAGAGGUCUUUUAGUGGUCAAGUUAUAGAUUUCUUCAGCAAAUUUAGUAAGAAAGACUUUUUAAAGCCACUCGGCAUAGCAGUCGUCAGUUUCACAUUAUUAGAGUCAAGUGGUAGACAUAUUUUCCCAGCGUAUGCUCCUCAGAUAAUUGGUCAAUUGACUGGUAACAAAACUCAGUCUUUUUACUAUACGUUAGCCCUUGACCUGAUCAUUACUACUAGUGCGGUGUGCUCAUCAAUUCUAGUUAAAAUGAUGAAGAGAAGAACCUUGUUGUUCACCAGCGGUUUUGCGGCCUUUGGAGCAAUAAUGACAGCUUGUACUUACCUUGCAUUUGGGGCAAAUAACAUUAUUUCACAUCAACCAUGGAUAGCUUUAGGAAUGUUUGUGGUAUAUUUUAUUCUAUCUAACUUAGGCUGCACUCCCAUACCGUUGGCUUUAUUGGGAGAAAUAUUUCCUUUAUCUCACCGAGAAGUAGCUUCUUCUAUCAUAGGAAUAUUUAUGUCCUUAGCUCUUAUGAUAGCACUGCAGAUAACCCCAUACUUACUUCUUCACAUCAAAGUCUACGGCACCUUUUAUAUAUUUGGUUCUGUGACAGGACUAUCGCUUCUUAUUUUGUAUUUUACUCUACCAGAAACCAAAGAUAAGACUCUACAAGAAAUCGAAAACUAUUUCAACUACGGUCGAUAUAACAGUGAUGAAAGGGAUGAAGGUGAUGACGUUGAAGUUAAGAUGAUGAAACAAUGA